UUCUUCUUCUUCUUCUUCUCCCAACUCCAAACCUAGAAUCCAAAAAGUAAAAGGAAGAUGGAGAACUAUAAGGCAAAAUUCAUGUGUAGCUACGGCGGCAAGAUCCAAAGCAACACACCCGACCACACUAAGCUCUCCUACGUCGGCGGCCACACCAAGAUCCUCUACGUUCACCGCACCCCCAUAACCUUCCCUGUUAUGCUCGCCAAGCUUGCCACCCUCUGCAAUGCCGCCUCCGCCGACGUCUCCUUCAAGUACCAGCUUCCCGGCGAGGAUCUCGACUCCCUUAUCUCCGUCACCGACGAUGACGACCUCGAAAACAUGAUGAUCGAGUACGAUCAACUCCACAGCUUUUCCCCUAAAACUGCUCGCAUGCGACUCUUCCUCUUCCCCAACCUCCCUCUUGAUUCUGCUGCCGCUUCAUCUGAACCCGAACCCGACCCGGCCGUAAGGCAGUUACAGCUUCCUCCUCCUCCACCUCCUCCUUCUUCUUCAUUAUCUUCCCGUUUGGUUGGUCCGUUGAGUACUCAUGGAAAGUACGAUGUGUUUAUCAGUUUUAGGGGUGAGGACACGCGCACCAACUUCACCUGUCAUCUUCACGAAGCACUGUGCAGAAAGCGAAUAAAGACCUUCAUCGAUUACGAGCUUCACAAAGGCGAUGAAAUCUCGCCGUCGCUCUUUCGCGCAAUCGAGGAUUCGUAUGUGUCUGUUAUCGUCUUCUCGGAGAACUAUGCUGACUCCAAGUGGUGCCUUGAAGAACUCGUGAGGAUAUUGGAGUGUAGAAAAGAAUAUGGACAGGUUGUUAUACCUGUGUUCUAUGAGAUUGAUCCAUCACAUGUAAGGAAGCAGAAUGGAAGUUACAAAGAAGCGUUUGAGAAGCACAUGCAAAAUUCCAUGCUUGAUAUGAACAAGAUUCAAAAAUGGAAGGAUGCUCUGGCUGAAGCAGCUGAUUUGGCUGGCUGGGAUUCUCACUCUCGCUCCUAUAGGGAUGACACUGAACUCAUUCAAAGGAUUGUCAAAGACGUUUUGCAAAAGCUAAUUUACCAUUACCCACCCAAUGAUUUUAACGGCCUUGUUGGUAUUCAGGAAAAGUCUGCCCCUUUAGAAUCAUUACUAAGAGAAGCUCGAUCGGUUGGUAUAUGGGGGAUAGGUGGGAUAGGCAAAACAACUAUUGCGAGAUAUAUAUUUGACAAAUACUCUCAUGGGUUCGAAGGUUCAUGCUUCUUGGAAAAUAUACGGGAAAGAUCAGGAGAUCAUGUGCAAGGACUACAUGAUUUACGUGAUCAACUUUACUCAGUGCUGUUGAAUGAAAAAGUUCGCCAAAGUAGCACAGCAAAAUCAACUUUUGUUGAGUGCAGGAUCCGCAGACAAAGCAAUUUCAUAGUUCUUGAUGAUGUGAGUAGUUCAAAGCAGUUGAAAUACCUGGUUGGGGAGCUUGAAUCCUAUGGUCCAGGUAGUAAGAUCAUCAUUACAACUAGAGAUAAAAGUGUGCUGCAAAACCGGAGAGUUGAGAAAAUACAUGAGGUGGAGGGGUUAGAUUCCCCUACAUCCCUAACAUUGUUCAGCUUGAAUGCAUUUAAUGAAGACUCUCCUGAAGUGGGAUAUAAAGAGCUGUCAAGAAGGGCAGUUAACUAUUGCAAAGGUGUCCCCCUAGCCUUAGUAGUGUUGGGUUCUUUCCUUCAUUCUAAAACUGAAGCUGAAUGGGGAAGUGCGCUGAACAAAAUCGAGAAGAUUCCCAAUGAAGAAAUUCAAACUGUGCUAAGGUUGAGUUAUGAUGAGUUAGAUUAUGAGGAGCAACAAAUAUUUCUAGACAUUGCGUGUUUUCUUAAGGGAGAGCUAAAAGAAAACAUAGUUAGUCUAUUAGACAGUUGCAGCCUCUAUCCAGUUAUUGGCAUGAGAUCCCUUCUUGAUAAGGCUCUCAUAACUAUAUCUAAUGAUUCUGUAGGGAUGCAUGACUUGAUACAACAAAUGGGUUGGGAGAUCGUUCGUCAAGAAUCUAUUGAAAAUCCUGAAGAUCGUAGUCGCCUGUGGGAUCUUGACGAUACUUGUGAUGUUCUCAAAAACAAUAAGGGAACUGGUGCAAUUCAAGGCAUGAAGUUAGAUACAUAUCAAAUUCGACAAAACCUAAGCUUGAGUGUUGACACUUUCAAAAAGAUGCCUAAUCUAAAAUAUCUCAAAUUCUUUAUCUCCGUAAGGGAGCAUGGCAAAUUAUCUGGUCUGCAGCUUCCUGAGGAGUUGGAGUCUUUUUCUGAGAAAUUAAGGCACCUUGAGUGGCAUGCAUAUCCUUUGCCUUCUCUACCGUCAAAUUUUUGUCCUGAAAAGCUUGUCACUCUUCGAAUGCCUAAUGGUCAAUUUAGAAGACUCUGGAACAAAGUGCAGGAUCUUGUUAAUCUGAAGGAUGUAAACCUAGCUGGAUGCCAAGAAUUGGUGGAGCUCCCUGAUCUGUCUAAGGCAAAAAAUCUUAGAAAUGUGGAUCUCUUUGGCUGUAGAAGUUUAAGCAACAUCCAUCCAUCCAUUUUAUCUUGCAGCACACUUGAGCGUUUGGAUCUAACUGGCUGCUCAAAGCUUGAGACGCUUGAAAGCCAGACUCAUUUUAAAUCACUUUGGCACCUCAAUGUCAGUGGCUGCAAAAGUCUAGCUAAAUUUUCUGUGUCUUCAGAAGAAGUUGAAGUCUUGGAUUUAAUGAUGGGAGUCAAAGUGUUACACCCAUCCAUUGGGCGUUUCAGCAAAGCAAGAAUCUUACAUGUCGAUGGGCAUCGACUUGAGAAUCUUCCAAAGGAAUUGUCUUGUUUGAAAUCUCUUGAGACGCUUUCGCUACAUAGAUGCAGCCGUGUAAGCUCCAAAGAAAACCUGCAUCUCGUGUUUAAUGGCUUGCAAUCAUUGCGUGAACUGUAUUUUAUGGACUGUCAUUACUUGUUUGAGCUCCCCGACAAUAUCAACCAGCUAUCGUCGCUACAAAAGUUAGCUUUGGAUGGAAGCUAUGUGGUGAGGUUGCCGGAGACCAUCAAGCAUCUUUCAGCACUGGAAACAUUGUCAUUAAAGGGUUGCAGGAGGCUUCAAUCUUUGCCAGAGCUUCCAUCAUCCAUUAUUCGUUUGGAAGCAGACAACUGCACAUUGUUGCCCAUAGCAUCAUCAAGUUUAACAAAUUUUAGGCCGAAAGAAGAUGGCAGAAGUGAUGAUUCAUUUCAUAAUUGUGUGAAUUUCCAUGUACAGAAACAUACUGAUUCAUUCCAUCAAUAUUUAAGGGACUUAGCGCACCGAUAUGAGUUAAGAAGGAUUAAAAGAAGAGGAGGGGGAGGACGAAGAGCAAUGUUUGCAGAUAUCAAUUUCAGAAUCUUCUACCAAGACCACAGAAUACCAAAGUGGUUCACGUAUCAAACAAAGGGAGCUUCCAUAACUUUUGAACUUGAUCAGCCUUAUGAUCUCUGUUCUAGUUUCGUUCUCUGCGUUGUUAUCGCACCCGGUUGGCCUUCCCCAAUCAAAUAUGGCCUUAUUCUUCAGUAUCAAUGCCACUUGGAAGAUAGUGACAUGAACAAAUAUUCAACUAGUAAAAUUCUUCUUGAUGACGUUCCUGCAGAACGGGAUUUUGAUCAUAUUUAUAUGUCACUUGACCGUGGUGGCAUCAUAGAGGCAAUUAAGGCAUACAAAUUAAAAUACGGGAGUCACAGCGUCAGCGAGUGUUACAAUAACCUAAAGGUCACAAUUGAAUUCUAUUUCUACUGUUGCACAUUUCAGUGGAAUCAGGAUCAUGACUGGUUGAUCAGAGAGUGUGCGGUUUAUCCACUUGUUGCCCCUGAUUCUCGGUUGAAGCAGGUGGAAUUGGAAUUGGAGCUGGGCAUGGAAAACAAAAGGCCUAGGGGUAUUCUUGAGAUGGAGCAUACUGAAGGUGGGGUUGGAGUUGGAAGCUCCAGUGACCGAGGACCACUCCCUUCCACAAAGAAACUCAAAGAACUUUGCUAGUGGACACAGCGGCUAGUGUGGUCUUCAACUACUUUUUGGGUCGACGCAAAACUUUUGAUCAGAUCCUCAACAGAAGAUGUCAUGCUUUUGACAAGCUUUGUUAUACUGGGAGAAACUUCUUCAUCUGAUGCC